CAGUCCGCCGUCACUCCCAUCGUGUCCGGGGACUACUCGCACCAGUACGGGCUCCAUCAGCGGGACAAGGCGGCCAUGGCAGUCCGCAUCUCCUUCACUCAGGUCCGGGUCGAAGCGGAGCUGGAGCGGUACCGGGCCGAGUGCCAGUGGGAGCGGAUCCCGGCGGCGGUGGAGCACAUGCUGGCGGCGCGCAUACACGAGGACGAUGACUAUGGCACUCUGCUGUUGGCUGAGUCUCUGCUGGAGGAGUGUCUUCAGGACAACAUGGAGAUGCUCAGACGGUGUAAACCUCUGGAAGACAAGACUCUGCCCAAACUGAGCCGUGCCAAAGCUCUACUCAACACAAUCCUGAGCAGAGGACGUCUCACGCCCAGAUACCUGAACGAGGCUCUGCUGCUGAUGGCGAAGGUGCAUUAUGUCCAGGGCAGGUACAGAGACGCUCAGGGCAUGUGUGCGCGGGUUGGACUGGAGGAGCUCACCCAGGACGACCAGCCUGUGUACCACCUCAGACUGCUCGCCGAGGCUUUUGUUAUUAAAGGUCUGUCUCUGGGACAUCAGACAGUGUCCGGCGUGUCCCGAGUCCGUCUGUCCGAGCGAGAAGAGGAGAGUCUGUCCUGUUUCCUCAAAGCCUGUGAUGCUGCUCUGUCUUUUCUGCAGGAGCUGGAGAAGAACGUCACCACGCCCCAUGUAAAAACACCCAAAUCCCACAGCCCUCUGCCCCCUCCAGCCGAGAUGGAGCUGGGGUACUUCCUCCAGGCCGCACUGCAGAGCGCCUACCUCUGCCUCCUGCACCGGGGGCAUCUGGCUCAGGGUGCCCAUCAGCUCAGGAGGGUGAUGAGGGUGGUCGAGUCCCGUGGAUCCCAAAGCUUCAGGAAGUCUGCAGCGAGGAAGUUAGCAGAGGUUUUGCUGAGCUCUGUGGGUGAGGACAGCUACUGGCCUCCUCUGGGCCCCCCUCCAGCGUCCUGGCUCCACAGAGAGGGGGCCGCAGCCUCUAAAGACGCCAUCUACCCCACGGUCAAGCCCCCACAGCGCUACAACACAGAGGGGUGCUUCUGUCCCCAAGACGUGGUAGAGGAGGCCGUGCUGCUGCUGCUCAUCACAGAGUCAAUGACGUCGGCAGAGGCGGUGCUCAGCCGAAUGCCUGAUCAGGAUGAGGCUCGACAGGCCAGUCUGCAGGACGCCUCCUCUGUGUACGACCUGCUCACUAUCGGCAUGGCCAGGAGGGGGCAGUACUCCAUGCUGUCUGAGUGUCUGGAGCGAGCCAUGAAGUUCUCAUACAACGAGUUCCACCUGUGGCACCAGCUCGGCCUGUCCCUCAUGGCAGCGGGGAAGGGGGCUGCAGCUGUGUCCGUUUUAAAGGAGUGUGCGCGGAUGAGACCAGAGGACCCUUCACUGCCGCUGCUCGCUGCUAAAAUCUGCAUCGGACAACUUCACUGGUAUGAGGAGGCUGUGUCCCUGUCCCAGAGGGUGGUGUCCAUGGGGGAGGAGGCCGGAGAGUUCCUGCCCAGAGCCUACCUGGCUUUAGGGCUCUGCUGCAGCCUGCAAGCCUCCGAAGCCUCUUUAAAAGCAGACCGGGAUAAUUUUAACAAGCGAGCUCUAAAGGCGCUUAACAAAGCUCACUCGCUGGACCCUCAGGAUUCACAGAUUGCGAUGUAUCUGGCUCUACAACUCGCCCUUGUUCGUCAGGUCUCUGCCUCCAUGGAGCCCCUGCAGAUGGCGCUGUCUCUUUGUGGAGAGGACUUGCACUCGCUCCAUCUGCUCGCUCUACUCCUCAGCGCCCAGAAGCACCACAGACACGCGCUGGACACGGUCACUCUGGCACUGACGCAGCACCCUGACAACUUCAAUUUGCUGUUCACAAAGGUGAAGUUGGAGGAGGCGGUCCUGGGUCCGGCUGUGGCUCUUCAGACCUGUGAGGAGAUGCUGCAGCGCUGGCAGAGUCGCUACGACACCAUGAGACAGAUGAGAGCAGAUGAGAGCAGCAGUAUCCCUGUCCCAGACCGACCUGAGCCCAGUCCUGUCCCUGGUCCACGGAGACCCUCCUUCCAACUGCUCACUCUCCCAGACUUUCAGGACGGCUCCACAGGUUCCAUGAGCCCCCCGUCUGUGGCUGUGUCCCGUCUGGACGCUGCUCUGUCUGAAGUGUCUGACGUGAGCUCCACGCGACGCCACGGCCCCACCUACAUCUGGACCACCCUUGAGCGCAUCUGGCUCCAGGCUGGUGAGCUGUUCAUGGCGGAGGGUCGUCUGAAGGAGGCGCACUUCUGCAUCUCUGAGGCCAGUACUCUGUUCCCAAACUCCCACUCGGUGCUGCUGCAGAGGGGGCACCUGGCCGAGCUCCGCGGGCAAACCCAGGAGGCCAAGAGUCUGUAUGAGGAGGCCCUGGCCAUCCACCCGACCGGGGAGAAGAUCCUGGUGCAUCUGGGCCGUCUGUUGGUGAAGAGUGGGAGUGUGCUUCUGGGAGAGAAGGUCCUGCGUGAUGCGGUGCAGGUGCACAGUACGUCCCAUGAGGCGUGGGGGGGUCUGGGGGAGGCUCUGCAGGCCCGAGACUGCAGCCAGGCUCCGGACUGUUUCCUCACGGCCCUGGAGCUCGAAGCCUCCAGCCCCAUCCGCCCGUUCACCAUCAUCCCACGAGAACUGUGAAACAUGUACCUCCAAACCGUCGUGCAUCAAGAACUGUGAAAUAUACCACCACUAAAGAGGUACCAACCAUCUAACCAAUCAACAACUGAAUUUAUCCAGUCCACUUUAUUUCUAUAGCACAUUUCACAAACAGUUUCCAAAGUGCUACAACAAUAAUAAAAUGAUAAAAAUAAAUGCUCAGAUUUAAUCAUACUAGUUUUAAAAUAAUAAAACCAGUAAAAUAAAAUAAGAGCAAAAUCACAGAAUAGCAAUAAAUUAAUAAAUAAAGCCAAUAAAAUACAUUAAAAAUCAAUAAAAUAAAAGACACAGACACUGUUAAAAGCCAGAGCGUAAAAGUGGGUUUUAAGACGAGACUUAAAACUUUCCACUGUGGGGACUGUUCGGAGUGUUUCAGAGUUUGGGGCCGACCACAGAGAAGGUCCAGUCCCUCCUGGUUUUAAGUCUCGUUUUACGCACCACGAGCUGGAGCUGGACCUCAGACCUCAGAGCACGCGUGGGGGUGUAAAUCUGGAUGAGGUUUGAGAUGUAUUGUGGGGCCAGUCCAUUCAAAGCUUUAAAAACAAACCAUAAAAUCUUUAAAUCAAUUCUAAAAUUAACAGGAAGCCAGUCCAAAGACGCAAGGAUUGGUGUAAUGUGCUCUCUUCUUUUGGUUCCUGUUAAAAGUCUGUAGUCAGUAAUGUGCGUUUUGUGAGAUGCUAGAAUAAAGCGCAUUUAUUUAAUUAAUUUAAUUAAAUUUAUUAUUAUAGUUAUACGGCCCCAAUAAUCUGUUAAUUUGACCCAUGA